CCAAAAUGGCUAGCAACGGCACUGCAAGUGACAAUUUGGUUUGGUGUAUUUUGAGUGUGACAGUCCCUCUAUUUCUUUUAGCACUAAUCAAUCAUAAAUCAUCACAUUGAGCUUCUGUCAUCCGCAGUUACCGCAAUAUACUGUACAUUUUGCACAGACCAGUAUUCAUUAAAUUUUAAAAACUUUUGGGGCAUGUUUAUCAUAAAAAAGUAAUAGAAUGGGAUGAAAUAAUAACAGAGACUAUAGCUCACGAUUAUAAACUCAGAAAAAGCUAUUAUUUUAAUGUAAUUUCUAAAAUCUAUUUAGAUAUUGUAAACCAUUUUUCAACAUUUUUCAACAAUUCAACAUAGAAAUAGCUAAAAAUACACACUAUUAUCAAAUAUCAUCGACCGGUCAUCUCACGCGCUGACACCAGUUAGACUCCAUGAGUAUAAAAGUCUCUUUGUAUGUUUUUUUUUAAGACGGAUUUGUGGUGUCUGUUACCGACUGACAUUCAGAGAUCAAAUACUGAACACUUGAAAAACUUGUCUGAUAAUCUUUAUUAACUCAACACCAACAUCAAUAUGAAGACGAUCUCUUUACUCUUCAUUAUCUCUUUAUUCAUCAACGGUGUGUUUGGUGAUGAAGUGAAGUCAGUGAUGGUUGGAGAUUCUCUUACUCUACACACUGAUACUGAAAUAGAGACAGUUGAUUUAAUAGAUUGGAGGUUUGAUGGUAUAGAUCACAUAGCUCAAAUAAAUGUUGAGGCCAAUAUAUUUUCAGUACGUGAUGUUCUUGAUAGGAGAUUCAGAGACAGACUGCAGGUGAAUAAUCAGACUGGAGAUCUCACCAUCACAAAGAUCACAACUCAACACACUGGACUUUAUCAACUAGAGAUCCGCUUCAGUGUGAAGAUUAUUAGAAGGACGUUCAGUGUUAGUGUGAUUGAUGUUGAUACAGAUGAGAUGAAUUCAGUGUCAGUGAUGGAGGGAGAUUCUGUUACUUUACUCACCGAUGUUCCUGAUAUUAAGAAAUAUGAUGUGAUACGGUGGAGGUUUCAACAUGAAAACUCUCUUCUAGCUGAACUCAACAGAAAAACUAUUUUCUUAUCUACAUAUGAUGAUGUUCAUGAUGGGAUAUUCAGAGACAAACUGCAGCUGGAUGUUAAGACUGGAUCUCUUGACAUUAGAAACAUCAUAACCAAACACUCUGGACUUUAUGAAGUAGAUCUCAGCAGCACCAGCAGCAGUUAUACCAUACAUCAGUCAUUCACAGUUAAUGUCAGUGGUAAAGUGAUGACAGUGUCAGUAAUAAAGGGAGAAUUGGUCACUUUAAAGACUAAUACUGAAAUACAGACCUAUGGCAUACAGUGGAUGUUUGCACCUGAUUAUGACGACUCUCGGAUAGCUGAAAUAUAUAAACCAGACUAUAUGUUUGCUUUAUAUGAUGGUCCUGAUGGGAGAUUCAGAGACAGACUGAUACUGAAUGAUCAGACCGGAGAUCUCACUAUCAUAAACAUCAGAACUGAACAUGCUGGAGAUUAUGAACUGAAGAUGAGCAACAGGAGACAAUCCAUUCAGAGGAGAUUCAGUGUUCAUGUCAGUGACGGUCUGUCUUCAUAUGUUUUAGCUGGAUUAUGUGUUGGUGUCCUGGUUAUUGUUGCUCUAACAGCUGCUGGUGGGUUUUACUAUCACUACAGGUUCCCUAAAGCAACAAUAUUAAAGGUGAGGAAAGGACAUUCUGUCCGUCUUGAGACUGAUGUUGAGAACAUAAAGACAGAUGAUCUGAUCGAGUGGAGGUUUAAACCUGGUGCCUUUCAAAAGACCAUCAUAGCUAAAAUCCAGAAUAACGAGAUAACCGGAGGUGAUGAAAGAUUCAGCAGGAAUGUGCAACUAAACAGUCAGAAUGGAUCUCUUUUCAUCACAGACUUCACAGCUGAUCGCUCUGGACUUUAUGAACUAAAACUCUCCAGUGGUGGAAUAACUUCAUACAAGAGAUUCAGACUCAUUGUCAUUAAUGAUUUCAACAUUAGAAAAUAUUUGGCAGAGCCAAACUGGCCUUGGAAAUGGAAACAGCCUGUAUCACAGUAUGAACUAUGAACAUCACAAACACACCAGCAUCUUGUAGCUUACAUGAGCUUUGAAAAACGUAUACCUACUCAUAAACGUAUAUAUUGAAAUUGAAAAAACACAAUAAAGCAGUCUGAAAUCCACCUGUAUGUGCUAUUGAGUAUAUUAUAGUCUGUAGUUCUUUACUUUGGCAACAUUUAGAUUUCUUUUAAACUUAUGUAACAUUUUGCAUAUCUUUGUGCUUCAUCCCCGAUGUUAAUUUUAGAUUUCCAAUCUGUUUCUAGAUAUAGACAAUAUGUACUGCAUGUAAUAUUUACUGUUUCAAACUCAUUUUUUCAAAGUAUAUUUGAAUAUUAGAUUUAUAUCUGAUGAAAUGUAUGGAUAAUUUAAGUAGAUGUGUGUGCCAUAGCAGUUAAUUUAAUUUAGUCUGAAUGAUAACUGUAAACAUAACAACAGACUUACAAGUGAUGUUCGUGUUUCAAAAACAAAGAAUUUUGGCACCUUUGUGUUUUCAUUUGGGACACAACAUGGACAAAAAUAUUCCCAAAUAUGUCUUUUGGGAUCAAAUAUAUAUAUGUUUUUAUGUGUACUGUAUGUGCUAUAGGUUAUCAUAAACUGAUUAAGUGAAUAAAAUAAUUGAGCUUGAGA